GUCAAAAUUCAUUCUUUUCUUCGUACCAUCACCUCGUGUUGAUUCGGUACAGAACCGUUGUCGGACGGUUUUUAAGUAUUUUCCGCGGAAAAGUGCCGGAAAAUCAGCCAAAAUGAGCAUGUACAACUUCAAAAAGAUUAUGGUGGUGCCGCCAGCAAAGGCCUUCAUCGAUAUUAUGCUAUCGAAGACCCAGCGGAAAACUCCGACGGUGGUCCACAAGCAUUAUAAAAUCAGCCGGAUCCGUGCGUUUUAUAUGCGCAAGGUGAAAUACACCCAGCAGAACUUCCACGAUCGGCUGUCGCAAAUCAUUCAGGACUUCCCCAAGCUGGACGAUGUACAUCCGUUCUACGCCGAUCUGAUGAAUGUGCUGUACGAUAAGGACCAUUACAAGCUGGCACUGGGACAGUUGAAUACGGCCAGGCAUUUGAUUGAUACUGUGGCAAAGGAUUACGUUCGGCUGCUUAAAUUCGGCGAUUCGCUGUACCGUUGCAAGCAGUUGAAGAAAGCCGCUCUCGGUCGGAUGGCCACCAUUAUGAAACGGCAGGCUUCCAAUCUUACCUAUCUGGAGCAGGUUCGUCAGCAUUUGUCCCGUUUGCCAUCGAUCGACCCCUACACCCGGACCAUCAUCAUCUGUGGUUUCCCGAACGUUGGCAAGUCGAGCUUCAUCAACAAGGUGACCAGAGCCGAUGUGGAAGUGCAACCCUAUGCUUUCACUACGAAAAGUUUGUAUGUUGGACACAUGGACUACAAAUACCUCAGAUGGCAAGUGAUUGAUACUCCUGGAAUUCUGGAUCAUCCCUUGGAGGAACGCAACGUCAUUGAAAUGCAAGCCAUCACGGCAAUGGCCCAUUUGCGCGCCUGUAUUCUGUAUUUCAUGGACGUUUCCGAGCAAUGUGGUCAUUCCAUUGAAGAACAGGCUAAACUGUUCGACAGCAUUAAACCUCUGUUUGUCAACAAGCCGCUUCUGUUGGUUUUGAACAAAACAGACAUUCUAACGUUGGAUGAGCUGGCUCCGGAGAAGAAGAAAAUCAUUGAAGACCUUGCUGAUGAAACAGAAGAAAUUCCAAUCAUGCAGAUGUCCACUGUCACCGAGACGGGAGUAAUAGAAGUUAAAACUGAAGCUUGCGAACGUCUUCUUGGUUAUCGUGUCGAUCAAAAAUUGAAGGCCAAAAAGAUCGAAGGAGUGCUAAAUCGUCUUCAUGUGGCGAUUCCGGAGAAACGGGACAACAAAGAGCGCCCGCCGUGCAUACCGGAGUCGGUACUUGCUGCCAGGGCCGCUAAUGCUGAGAAAAUCGCCCGUCGCCAGCGCAAACUCGAGAAGGAAAUCGAACAGGAAAUGGGAGACGAAUACACGCUGGACCUCAAGAAGAACUACGCCGACAUUGCAGAGGAAGAGCGCUAUGACGUUAUUCCAGAAUUCCUUAACGGCGUCAACAUCGCAGAUUACAUUGAUCCAGAGAUUUUCGAAAAGUUGGAAGAACUCGAACGUGAUGAAGGCCUUCGCCUGGAGUCCGGAUUCUACGAUCCUCCGCCACUUAAUCUGGACGAAACUCUGCUUGAAAUCCGCGAAAUGGCCAAACAGAUUCGUCUCAAGCGAUUCCUCCUCAAGGAUGCCCGGAAAUUGCAGCAGAAGAGCGGCCGACCGGUUAUGCCACGACACAAACAGGCCAUGGUUCGCGACCGGAAGGUGGACAAUCUGCGGAAAACUAUGGAAAAUCUCGGAGUCGAUAUGUCCGGAACCGAGCAGUCCAACUUCACCAAGAACCAGGUUGACAUCCGACGCAGCUUGGUGCCGGCCGUUGGUGGUCCCAAAACGCCCAAGAAGGAUCGCGAGUCGUCCGCUAUUGUGAAGGCCACUGGACAGCUGAUCAAGAGGAAAACUCCAGGUCACGAGCUGGGCAUCAAGGAUGUUGUGCUCAAGAAGAAGGCCAAGGUGAUGGCGAAGCACGACAUUGCCAAGAAGGUUACGAAACUUGCCCGCAAGGGCGAAGCCGAUCGUCACAUACCGGAUCUAAAACCGAAACAUCUGUUCGCUGGCAAACGAGGCGCAGGAACUACGGAUCGUCGUUAAUUGCGGUAAUUUUUGGCGAUUUGUUUAUAAGAUUCUGCUUCGUGUGAUUGAUAAGGUAUGUGCGAGUUAAGUAUGUUUCGUUCGUUAAGCUUCUAUUGCUAUUUUCUUCUUGAUUGUAUUGUUCAUUGGCAACGCAGACCAUAACUGAAAUAAGAUUUACAUAUAAAUGAUGAUUUAUAUAACAA